CGAGACGCGCACUGAGGCUGACGGAUCAUUAUUCGGUACCCAACAUUUGCAGAGUGAAGCCAGUCCCCUCGCCUCACCCUGCCACCCGCAAGCACGAUCCGCAGUGACUUUUGCCAUGCCUACUCGAAGCAUCAAUCCGUUCGCGACCACCAUCCCCAAUCCUCCCUCCUCGGACUCUCUCGGCGAGAAGCGCGAGCAGCCACGCCGGGCAUCCUUCGCCAAAGGCAACAAGUUCACCUCGCUCUUUGGCGGCGGCUCACCCAAGUCGCGUUCCGACGCUGCUCUCUUGCGGGAAGCCUUCGUGGCCCAGCAGCAGGCGCUCCUCAACUCGCCAUCACCACCCCAACCUUCGCUACCUACCAUCAAUCUCACCACGGCGACCGGCGAGAAGAUGCCCACCGAGCCCAAGACGCUAUUCCAGCCUCCUUCGCCAGAAGAGCAGCGCCGCAUCGCGAGAGCACACGCACAAUUCGGGCCUCUGGGGUCGCAGAAGCACCGCUACCAGAGCAAGUUCGAGGGAGAGUUUGGGGAUCCUAUUGAAGACGAGCCGCCAUAUUACUUCCUAUUCACCACAUACAUCAGCUACCUAAUCCUAAUAGUAUUCGGACAUGUACGCGAUUUCUUUGGCAAGCGCUUCAGGAAGCAGCACUACAGCCAUCUUCAGGAGCGGGAUGGCUAUGCUCCUCUGAACAGCGAUUUCGACAACUUCUACACACGCAGACUGAAGAUGCGCAUCAACGACUGCUUCUCGCGACCGACCACUGGUGUCCCGGGACGCUUCAUCACAGUGCUUGACCGCAAGUCAGACGAUGGCAACAACACAUUCAAGCUGCUCGGGACCACAACCGAGACACUCAACAUGAGCUCAUACAACUACCUUGGAUUUGCUCAAUCGCAGGGACCAUGUGCCGACGCAACGGAAUCUGCCAUCAGGAAAUACGGAAUCACAAUGGCCAGUCCUCGGUCCGACGUUGGUACAUCUGAGCUGACCCUCGAGGUCGAGGAAUUGAUCGCCAAAUUCGUUGACAAGCCAGCUUCCAUGGUCUUCUCUAUGGGUUUCGUCACAAACGCUACCACCUUCCCAACAAUUGUCGGAAAGGGCUGUCUUAUGAUCUCCGAUGAACUCAACCACUCGUCUAUUCGAUUUGGUGCCCGUCUCUCCGGAGCCAUGGUUACCAUGUUCAAGCACAACGAUAUGAGUGACCUGGAACGUAAACUCCGUGAAGCCAUCUCGCAAGGUCAGCCCCGCACGCAUCGCCCUUGGAGAAAGAUCUUGGUCGCUGUCGAGGGUCUGUACUCAAUGGAGGGUACCAUGUGCAACCUGCCAGGCAUCGUCGCCCUCAAGAAGAAGUACAAGUUCAACCUUUUCGUCGACGAAGCCCACUCGGUUGGUGGUGUUGGCCCUCGAGGACGCGGUGUCUGCGAUUACUUUGGCAUCGAUCCUGCUGAAGUCGACAUUCUCAUGGGUACGCUGACCAAGUCUUUCGGCGCGAACGGCGGGUACAUUGCAGCAGAAAAAUCAAUCAUCGAAAAACUACGGACAGCAAACGCAGCCAUGCUCUACGCCGAGUCACCCUCCCCACCUGUCCUCGUCCAGAUCGCUUCCGCCCUUCGCAUCAUCAGCGGCGAGCUUGUCCCAGGCCAGGGUGAAGAGCGUCUAGGUCGUCUUGCAUUCAACGCCCGCUAUCUCCGCCUCGGUCUCAAGCGUCUCGGCUUCAUUGUCUACGGUCACGACGACUCCCCCAUCAUCCCCGUUAUGCUGUACCACCCCGCCAAGAUGCCCGCCUUCUCACACGAAAUGCUCAAGCGCAAGAUCUCAGUCGUCGUCGUCGGUUACCCGGCCACACCGCUCGUCUCUUCCCGCGCCCGCUUCUGCGUCUCCGCUGCACACACCAAGGACGAUCUAGACCGUAUGCUCACAGCGUGCGACCAGGUCGGCGAGGUCCUCCAGCUCAAGUUCAGCUCUGGUGUUGCAGGUGGUGCCGAGCCCGAGGAACUGGUAAAGAAGGAUACGAUUAGCGAAAAGGCCGUCACGCCACCACGAUGGAGGAUCGAGGACGUGCUCAGAAGUGGCGUUGCGGAUGUGCAGCUACCACUGCGGUAAAGCAAGGGCACGACGAGCGAAUUGUAAGCCUCACUUCUGUAGUCACCGUGGCGUAAUGUACCUUGCUGUCUCCUCCCCCCUUUUUUGCCGCUGUUUGGUUAUCUGCUAGCUCUUGUGUGCAUGCAUUCUUGGAGUAUCUGGUUGGGUUCGGGGUUGGCUCGGAGACAUGUUUUCUUCGUCUCUUCUCCUGCUGUGCUGUGCUGUACGAUACGUUAUGAUAUGUAUGGUAUGGUGCUUCUUCUUUUCUUCUUCUUCCUCUUCAUACCCUCGCUGUAGG